UCUCGGUUGCGCGAGUGACGUUAGUGCCUCCGACGAAGAUGGUGCGCGGUUUGUCGCAGUGGACCAAAACUCUGAGUUUCCCGGCGAGGGUGUCGCCCCAGAGAUCCGCCAAGGAAUCCAAGGGCUUCCACGUAAGCCCCAGCGCUAGUCCCACGUCACCACCAAGCCCGAUCAACGACACCAUGGACAAAUCGCCUAUUAUUACCGAUGAGAACCUCCAGGACUCGGAGGCAGAGAAGGCAAUAAUGGGCUCCAUUGUGUACUGCAUACAUCAUAAAGACGGUUGUAAAUGGUCGGACGAAUUGAGGAAGCUAAAGGCACACCUGAACACGUGUAAACACGAUGCGGUUCCUUGUGGCAACAAAUGCGGGGCAAUGAUACCUCGUGUGCUCAUGGAGGACCAUUUGAAAUACACCUGCGCCCAGCGCAGAGCUCGUUGCGACUUCUGUGCCAAAGAAUUCACCGGACAUACUUUAGAAAAGCACACGGGGACGUGCGGCUACGAGCCUCUGUAUUGUGAAAACAAGUGUGGAAUGAAAGUUCAAAGAAGACAUCUCGGUCAACACAAGUUAGGCGAAUGCGCCAAAAGGCUGGUUGCUUGUCGUUAUUGUAAUAAGGAAUUCGUUUUCGAUACGCUUGGUGCUCAUCAUGCAAAAUGUGGCCGAUUCCCGGUUGCGUGUCCUCAUCGUUGCGAGACCGCGGUACUGCCCAGAGAAGAUCUCGAAGUGCACUUGAAAGAUCAUUGCACCACGCAUCUACUUUCUUGUACAUUCAAGGACGCUGGCUGCCGCUUCAAGGGGAAUAGGUUUUCGUUGGAUAAACAUCUCGAGGAGUCUGCGAAGAUGCAUCUGAGCCUCAUGUGUAGUCUCGUAACGAAGCAGCAACAUCAAAUAACCAGUCUCAAAUCGGCGAUCAGUAAACUGUCGUUAAAUUACACGGGCACGCUCAUAUGGAAGAUCACAGACUAUGCUGCCAAAAUGUCGGAGGCGAAAGCGAAAGAAGGAAUGGAACUUGUUAGUCCACCUUUUUAUACUAGUCAAUACGGAUACAAGUUACAGGCUUCGAUUUUCUUAAAUGGAAAUGGGACCGGAGAAGGUAGUCACAUCUCGAUAUACAUCAAGAUCCUGCCUGGCGAAUACGACGCACUUCUGCGAUGGCCGUUCUCGCAUAGUGUUUCGUUCACGAUGUUCGACCAGACUGUGGUCGCGGAGAAGGCCUGCAACAUCGUGGAGAGUUUCAUACCGGAUCCGACCUGGAAGAAUUUCCAGAGGCCGAGUCGUGAGCCGGAUUCGCUCGGUUUCGGUUUCCCACGAUUCGUUUCUCAUGAGAUGGUGAAGAAGCGACAUUUUGUCAAAGAUGAUACCAUGUUUAUUCGAGUCAAGGUUGAUCCUAGUAAAAUUGUAGCGGUCUAAAUAUGCGUUUACGAUGAAAUCGUAAAUUUUUCGAUUUUUGGGACGGUCUCUCGAACGGACUUUGUGAUAUUUUCGAGUACUUGUUUAGGUGGGGCGUACAGUACUUAUCUCGUUUGUCAACACUCGAUAGUUCAAAUACCGAAUUGAUUUAAAGUAUACUGAGGAACUACGCUGCCCCUCGAUGUCGAAACAGUCCGGAAUAUUCGAAAAAGAUCCUUUUAUCUAUUAACUUUUGUUGUUGUAAAGAUACUGCCGAUAUAAUUAUAGAAUUAAUAAUUUAUUGACAUUACCAAACGACAUGCCAGGCUGAAUUUAUUUCCUUAGUUUUUUAAAUCUUACAUAUUGUAUCUUUCUCAAAUGCGUUAUCACGUUAAUUCAUUCACACUCUAUGGCAUUACAAUUUAAACGUUAAUUUGUGAAAUUAACGUUAAAAUUACUAAUUUGUCAUGAUACCAUAUUUCACUGCCGAUUAAAUUAAAUUGUCUCAAUGAUUUGUUAUUCAUUGUGCAAUCACUCGUGUACGCAUUUAUAAAAGAUUCAAACGGCAAACGAAAUCGAGAUGUCUCGAUCUCUUCCUCUCGAAUAAGAAAAAUCUUAUAAAUGUGUGACUUAAAAUUAUUUUUAGGGACAGAUAUCAAAGAUUGCUAAGGGACUGUGGCUUAAACUUAGAGUGUGUAAAUAUAGACGUGGAAUGCCAUAUUAUAAUGGACAAGAUAUAAAAUCAGUUGAAGUCUCACUAAUGUAAAUAUACACUUACUAUGUAUGAUGAUAAUGAAAAAAUGUGAUAGAGAUAUACUAGUGAACCUAUGUAAUGACUUGAAAGUAGACCGAAUAAAAUUGUAACAUAUUUGUACGUAAA